UGCUCCGGCCACCUGGCCUGUGGAUGGGUUGGGUGGAGAAGAUAUGUGGUUGGCCUGUGUAUGGCCACCUGAAGGGUAGAUGUAUCCCUGUGCAUAGUAAGGUGGGAUUGUGUCUGGAAGAAACUGUCACUGUGGGAUAGGGUGACUUGUUUGUCAGGCAGGGUAAAAAGACAGAUCCAAGUUGGGGCGAAUGCCUGAGGUGUUGGCGAGUUGGUAAGGACAGGGCUGUCUUGUACUCACCACAGCUGCGCUCUGUACAGCUGUAAGGCAUAAAUACUUAUACAUCAGGGUUGUGUCACCUGCAGCUUUUGUUGGAGGACUAUACCAAGUCUUGGCAGGCGUCUCUGACAGUCAGUGUUUGGAUGACACAUGCAGGCAGUAUGAGGAUGGUAUGCACGUGGCACUCAGCAUUGUGCUGGGCCUGGGAUUGAGCUCUUGUUACAGCUUCUAUUCUGGGCUGGGAGUCUCAUUCUGUCUCCUCAUGUCAUGGCUGUCACACACUGCAGCACAUUUACACUCUGAGCUCGGGUGGGAAAGCAGACCUGGACUGGACAGCAGUGGUUAAUGGUGCACUGGCCAGAACCUCCUUCUAUGUGGGGCAUUAUAAGGACCCCCUUUUCAUCUUAGCUCUUGCUAAUUUACCAAUGUCCUGAAGACGCCACUGAUGAUGGAUAGCCCACUCAAGCUUGCUGGAGAAACCCUAAUUGUGCACCACAUACCCCUGGUGUAUUGCCAAGUUCCUGAUAGAAAGUGCUGCCCAACCUCUAAGAGAUCUCACUCGUAUGGCCAGAAUGACCUUGGCAUUACCAGAACCACCUCCCUCCCAGAAAGAGACCUCUCUCAAGCCGACUCUUUGGUGUACAGCAGCUUAAUUCAGGCUCCAGAACCUUCUGCUAAUGAGACGGGAAGCAAGAAAGAGGAGGACUGGCAAGGAUCGAGUACGAGAAAACGGCACAACCCAUUCCUUCCCAGUGAGGAAAACGAGGAGGAAGUUAUAGUCAAUGGGGGUGCAGCAGAAAACUCAUUCCACCUUCACAAUGCAUCCAGGGUCCCCAAAUCACGUUUUCAUUUCAAGGAACCAGCCAUGCCACCAUUCCACCUCCAUGACACUGCACCCAUUGUGAAGCCUUGGAUACUGAAUGGUAGGUCAGGGCUGGUGGAUGGACAAGAGGAGAAGACCUCACCUGAUGAUCUACAGAAAGGGAGUAAUGGCAACCAAGGUCCAUCAGAACUUAUCACUGAAGAACAUGUAUGGAAACAGCAUAGUGUCCCCACCUACACUCUGGACUGGAAUCAGAGCUCGGAUUUAGGAAACCAAGAUCUCCUGCAGAGCCGAGAAUGUAGUUGCAAUGGUUCCGACACAUUAAGGCACUGUAGGUGUUACAGUGCUUCCAGUCAGUCAGAAAUGGACCAGCAGGUGAGUUACGUUAGUGACUCCUCGUGCAAUAGUUCUGAUGGCAUUCUGGUUAACUUCAGCACCUUGUAUAACAAGAUGAAUGGACAACCCAGAUCCAACCUCAAUUCUGGAAGCCUUUCAUGUGACUCCUCAAUCUGUAGCCACCCAGACACAGGAGCUUUUUAUCUUGACCUACAAACAUCACCCACAGGAUCCAAAAUGUCAUGUGAUUCACACCUCCACGACUGCUCUGGAAAGCAAUGUGGGUGUCACCACCACAACCACCCAUCUUCUCCAGAACUGGAUGCCAACUGCAACUCCUACCAUUUAAACUGUGACUCAAGGCAGCGUCCUGAGGAAAACUCAGACGUGACCUCUUGCUUUCAGAGUCAAGCUCGGCUAGUGGUGGCCACUCAGAAUUAUUAUAAACUCGUUACUUGUGAUUUGUCAUCUCAGUCCUCUCCAAGCCCAGCAGGAUCCUCCAUCACUAGCUGCUCAGAUGAGCAAACUAAAGGCAGCCCAGUUCAGCCCACAGAAUAUUUCCUCUUCCAACAACCGGACACAAAUCUGGAUACAAAUGAGCCUAAAGGGCCCAUAGAACGUUCCAAGUCAGACAUCAUUGAAGGGCAGGUUCAUGUGAAUGUGUCACCUCCAAAUUUUACCACUGGUCGUCCGCGUUCACGCAGUUAUGAUCGUAGCUUGGACAAAAGUCCUAGUACACGUCUAGGGUCACUGGAGCGCAUGUUAAGCUGCCCAGUUAAACUAAGUGAGGGUCAAGUUGGUCAAGUUCAAAGUUCAUCUCCUAAAAGGGUGACUUCCUUUAUGGAGUUAGCCAAGACCAGAAAGAAGAAUGGCAUCAGCCCACCUCUCAGAACCAGCGGGGAUUCAUCUUUGGAAUUUUCCCCUAUUCCAGAGUUCCAACGUGAUGGCAAUGGGAUUACAGAACAUGGAGAAUUCCGUAGUCACAGCCUCCCACCCAUGUCCUUCUUGCACUGUCGGAGUCGGACCUGUGAGGGGUGCACAGGUGAUACCAGGGAUGCUAAAGCCACAAGUUCCAACCAAAUGACUGCAGCCAUCCAAACAUCAGGGACUUGUGACAGAGACAACAAUCAGGAAUUGCUCUGCAGUGGGAUGGACUCAGGUGGAUCUGGCCUGAGCUUCCUACAGUUGGACCUCAGAGCCAAGGGAGAUGGGAUUGGUGCAGAUGCCAAGCCAGUUUUUCGGUACAGCAAGGACCAGCGUCCCACCACGUUACCAAUCCAACCAUUUGUUUUCCAGCACCACUUUAGCAAGCCAAAAACACGGCCCCUGCACAGCCAUUUUACUUCCAGCCUUUCCCAACUCUAUGGUCUGUCUAGUGGAAGAUCAUCUAACCAGCAGAUGGCCUCAGACUCAGCCCCUGGGACACUGACCAGUCAGACAGAACCCAGGGUGAUAAGUGUACAAGGGAAACACAGCCAAGAUGGACGGGCAAACAAAGAAGAACAUACUAAGAAACUGGCUCUUGAUUCUACUCGCCCUUCUCCAUUGGGCAGCUACUCUCCAAUCAGGAGCAAUGCCACAUUUUUUCAGGGGAUGGACUCUGGUUCCUCAAGUUCUCCUUCUCCAGAGAAAGUCAAGGACACUCAGCCACCUCGAAGCCGCUCCUGCCCAAUGUCAGCCAAUCUUCUCCCUUUUAGAGCUUCACCUGCUCGAGGGACUACCCUACCAGGAGCUGCCAAGCCCUCUCAGAAAUAUGAAGUCUGCCCCAAACAGGAGGUUCAGAGGACAGCUGUUAAGAGGGAACCAUUGAAAGAACCCAGCACACUAGUUUCCAAACAUGGUCUUCAACCCAUCACCUCCUUACCUUUGCUGAGCACAGUUCUCCACGAGGGGAGCCAGGCGUUGUCCACAAAGAAGGAUAAUGAGAAUGGACCAAGAAGCGCUGACAUUAUCAUGUCCCGAGCAGUAAAUGCCAAUCACCUGUCCCCUCAGGCGCUGAAAUGGAGAGAGUACAGGCGCAGGAACCCUCUGGGCUUUGAUCGGGUGCAUGGCUUGGCCGGGCUGUCUGGGAGUCUGGAAAGAAAGCAGGAGAACAAGAUAACUCGCAGGGGUAAACCUUCCACACUUAGUUCCAGCGAUUUCUUCCCAGAUUAUUUCUCCAUGAUGGAGCGGCCUCCAGCUGAGUUCUGCUUGUCACCAGAUGGGGGUGCUGAAUCUCUGUCCAUUGACCUGAUGCAAAAAAGAGGGCUGAUAAAGGCAGUAAAUACUGCGGUCGAUCUGAUCGUGGCCCACUUUGGAACUAGCCGAGACCCAGGAGUAAAGGCCAAGCUUGGGAACAGCUCAGUGAGCCCUAACAUUGGACACUUAAUCCUCAAGUACUUGUGCCCUGCAGUCAGGGACAUUCUGAGCGACGGCCUGAAGCCCUGGGUAUUGGAUGUGAUUAUUGGUCAGAGACGCAACCUGCCUUGGACAGUGGUGGAAGCCUCGACGCAGCUCGGUCCUUCUACCAAACUCCUGCAUAGCUUGUGCUGCAAAGUCAGCCAGUACUCAGAACUGUCCAACCACAACCUGCGCUUCAACGCCUUUAUCUUAGGCCUCCUCAACAUCAGAUCAGUUGAGUUCUGGUUGAACCACUUAUAUAACCAUGAAGACAUCAUCUUUUCUCACUAUGAGCCAGUUGGCUUCUUGUCUGUGUCCCACGGUGUUUCCCAAACAUUAUUUGAGGAGCUGCUGCUACUUCUUCAGCCUCUGUCUCUGCUUCCCUUUGAUUUGGACCUCCUGUUUGAGCACCACCUGGUGCAGAUGGGUCGGGAGCAGCAACAGAAGAAAGAGAUGCUAAAGGUAAAGCAGGACUUACUGCAGUCGGUUCACUCAACUCUACAGCUCAUGAGGAGCCGUGAUGAGGAAGAGCAAGGAAGCCAGCAGAAGACGACCACUGAAAACGAAGUCUGUGACGUUCUGGGGUCAGAGAGGCCAACAGGGGAGGGGGCUGUAUCAGUAGAGUUGGAGCAGAAGAAGGAUGCCAAUGCCGAGAUGAAAAAAGACAAACAGGCCGGAUGGUGGUACCAACUGAUGCAGAGUUCCCAAGUUUAUAUAGAAAGUUCAUCCGACUCUGCAAGGUUCACUCGCCAGGAAAGACGAAAGCCAGGCACUGUUGGCACACCUAAAAAAGUACCACCACCUCGGGAGGGAGUCGUGGAGGGUGCAGAGUCAUGCCCAAGCUUGGAGGUGAUGACAGAGGAAAAACCCUCCAAGAAAGAGCGAGAAGAUAAGCAAAAGGAAGAGAAGAAGUCUUGGAUGGGUAGCCCUCCUGAGUCUGUAUUAAAUGAACUGAAAGGUGGAAAGGAGAAGGAGAAUCAAACUCGACAGAGACACUCAGGGGUCGAAGCCCAAGGGGCCACAGCAAAGGAAAACAUUGCCCCAUUGCAGAGCAGUCCGGCAAGGAAAUGGGGGCAUCUUUUUGGAUCCAGGAGAUCACAGGGAGAGGUCAAGCAGACAAACAGGAUGCCCUCAGGCUGGCUCAGCCUGGAUAAAUCUGUCCUCCAAAUUGUUGCACAGACCGUGAGUGCCGGAAUCUGGGGAGAAGCUGCUCCAGAGAAAGGUGAAAUGAUAUCAGAAAUGCCAGGAUCACCGACUUCACCAUGUUCUCAGAAUCCUCGGAAGGCGAAACCUCUAUUCCAUCAGAAGGAGUUGGGGCGUUGUGCCUUCAGCUUUGCCUACACUUCGCACUUUGACCAGCUCCACUGCACCUUGGCAAGUCAGAAUGGUCUAAUGCCCUUAAAAUAUGUUUCUCGCCCUGACCCGGUGGACUCUUAACUAGGUGUGAGGCACCAUGUCAGGGUUUAGCUGUAGAGAGGCUCGUGGAGUAACACUGGGCUCCUUUUGUUUCAUUAUUGGAACAAAGCUGUUAUCCAAUCAGAACAUUCUUUCCUUUCCUCUGAGAGGCAACAAGAGCCGAUAAUCUUCAGACAGGUGUGGGGUAGCAAUAGCAUUAACACAGUAUUCUUCUUACUGAGUCCAAACCAAUGUGCACGUGUGCUAGCCGUGGUAUUGACGUGAGCUGUGCAUGCCGAUAACCUAGAAGAAAAGACUUGUAGCAUUAUGGGAUAUCUAACUUACCCUCUCUGGUUCCGUCAGCAUCUCCCACCCAUGGCUGGGGCAUAUGUGUCUAGCAUUUAUAUUCUGAGCAGCUUUUCCCAAAUGAUUUAUGGAAUAGUGUAAGGUUUGUUAUCAUCCAACAUGCAACCAUCUGCCACAGUCGAAUGUCCAACUUACAGAGUCGCCACAAGGACAUGUGAUGGGACAGGAUGAGACUUCUUGCACAUGAUGUCCUGCACCAGAAAAACAUGUGACUUCCUGCCCAGGUAGAACUUGACAUGUCACUUCCUGCUCCUUGAGAGUAUGUGACUUCUUGCACCAGGAAAGAGAGAACAUGUGCAGUGGGAAAGCUGGACUUAUAGCACCAUGAAAGCAGGUGACCAGGUGACUUCUUGCAGAAUAGAGUAGAAAGGGAUUUGGGUUGUUGCAGAUCCCUUAUUGCGGCUUAAUAUUAAAUGAAAUAUGCUUUUUAAAGUAUUAGGAAAAGCAAUGGAGCAUGAAUCAUUGUGCUCACAGAACACUCCUUCUCUCUUCUCUGUAUCUGUACAUAUAUGUAGGAGGCAGAGCUGCCCUAUUGCACAACAGUACCUAUAUGGAUGAAUAUAAGAGAGCAGGAAGGUCCUAUGCACAGAAAAAGUUUCCAUUUUCAUACCAUAACUUCUUCUGAGACCAUUAUAAUUUGAGAUGCUACAAGGACAUGGAAUAUGGCUACAGUUUGGUGUAGGUUAUACAGUAGAUGUGAGGCAUUUAAGAGGGAUCAUUGGUUAGAACCAGCUGAAUGUAUGUUGUGAGUUGGCUAUUGAACUAUUGGGUUGUGAGGGUGGAAGGUUCUGGAUUAGUGACAAGAUGAAAUCUAUCACUAGAUAGGAAUCCUGGUGGCUUUGUAGGCCAAGAGCCAAGAGACCUAUCAGACUGAGAUAAUAAUGUUUGGUGGUCUCCCAGUUCGUGGGGGAUUGCAGACAUUAUGUCAUUGGUUCUAAUAAAGAAGAUAAGGGUAGGCCGGGAGUGCCUAGUUAAUGUGAGUUGAUUUCUAAGUUUGUGAUUAAAAUGGUGAUGAGACUGAAUGUUUUUGAAUCAGAUGGUGAUAGUUGCAAUAGGGCCAUAGGCUGGAUCUGCUGUUUUACUGGAAUUUUGUCAUUAUUACCCUGCAUUUUAGCCCCAACCAUUAGUGAAAAAAAAAACCUCAACAGUAUUUUAUUUUAUAUUUUUAGUGACUAGUACUUCGUACUCUUCCUUUCAGCCAUAAAGACCCAUCUAACAAGCUACCCAGGUUCACUUUCUGUCAGCCAGUGGCAUCACAAGGGUUGGGCAGCUAAAGGAAGUUCACUCACAGGACUUUCCCCAACUGCCCGCCCACCGAGACACAAGCCAGGGAUGUAACCAAUGAAAGGAGCCUGAAAAGGUGACAUCACAAGAUCACUCUUGGACUUUUCUAGCAUCUAUUGUACCUUUAUAAAAAUCUACUUAUUGUACCCCCAAUAACUAAGGAAUAAUUAACCAACAGUGGGUAACUACAUUUUGGGGUUAAAAUUUCAGGUAAUAAAUAAUGAUAGGAUUCCUCAAAAGAAAAGUUUGGUGAGAUGUCCCAUUGUCUCCAUCCCAGGGACCCAACUGAACCAUAAAGCAGAGGGGUGCAGACGGAAAGAUCAAAGAGCCAAAGUCGAUACUGGAAUCUCUAUAGAUGGAGGUAGAGAGUAUGAUGUAAAGUUUCAUCAGCUAACUGAUUAUGGGGGAAAUGACAAAUGCCUAAUUAGCACAUAUUGUUCAUGUAUGCUGCAGACCUUGCUGGUUUCUGUACAGUCACGGUUACUGAUUGCUAAUUAGCCCUGUCGCAUGAGGAAAUAAUAGAAAGGGGUGCAGGGGUCAUCAUAGCCUGGUGCUGGAAAUGAGUUCAGGUUGGGGAUUGGCUGCCCCUUUUCUCGAUGUAUCUGCUCUGGGUACAUAUGAAAGGACUGGGUGCCCAGCACUAGGUACAGCUCUAUGGGUGUAGGUUGGUCUGUAUGUAAGGGAGAGAUGUAUAUAAAGGGGAAGGUUUGGACAGGUUUUUAAGGGAAAAUGGAGGAAGUUGCCAUUCAAUAUCAGUAGAAUUGUAAUUAAAGUGGAUCUGUCAUGUCAUUAUCAGCCGCACCCGUUAUUGAUAUUAACCUAUCACAGCACUUAUUGAUUAUCCGGGGCCGUGGAGGAAGGAAGAAUGUGAUUGGCUAAAUACACAGUACCACUACUUUCCAUGUAUGGAACAAGGACUCAAAAGGGAAAAUGAGUUAUUUAUUUAUAAUAUAGUGUUAUUUAUUCAACCAGGGAAUUCCCAGCAGUUUAUUUGUUUGGUUCCUUUACGUUCUGAUACAGUAUUGUGUAACUAUUUCUGAAGAAAGACAGGGAGUGUCUUAUAUAAAAAGGGAUGAUCUGUGUAAACCAUAGGGAAAUCUCAGGUUGGUGUGUAUUAUAUGUAAGUGACAUAACCUUGUAUUCUAUCCAUUAUAUCCAUGUCUAUUAUAGGCAUCUGGCUCUUGCUUAGACGUACAUUAUAUAUUUGCCAACUUCACUCUCCUAUUCCUACCUUAGCACAGUGGCUCCCGAACUGUUGGACCCCCCUUCAGGGGGUAUCAAUCUGAGGCAGUUGGUUAACCUAAAAAACAGUUAGGGGGAGAUUACGGGAGACUGCUUAUUUGUGCCCUGGAUACCCCUGGAACUAUAGCAGGGUGACAC